AUGUCGGAAACUCCAAACACAAGCGACAGUGCUGUCUCUGCUUCGGCCAAGGGAGCUUCUUUUCUCAUCCUCCUCCAGAUCGGCUCUCGCGCCCUCACCUUCGCUUUAAACCAGAUCCUGCUCCGCUUCCUGUCACCUGAAUUACUAGGUGUGAAUGUACAGCUGGAGUUGUAUUGCAUUUCGGUCCUCUACUUUGCACGCGAAAGCUUGCGAGUGGCUUUGCAAAGAAGGGCAGAUGGCACGCAAGCUGUAAUCAACAUGUCCUAUCUAGCAAUUGCUGCAGGAGUGCCUCUGAGCUAUGCACUCGCAGAGCUAUAUCUGCAGACCGAGGUGCCAAAAGUGCCUUUCUUGCUUCGGUCAUUGAAGGUGUACGGCAUUGCUGCCAUGGUCGAGUUGUUUGCUGAGCCUAGCUUUGUGGCUGCUCAACAAAAGAUGCUGUAUAAAGUUCGUGCUUCUGCUGAAGCUGCUGCGACAAUCAUGAAGACGUUCGCUACUGUUGGCUUGAUUUUGUGGGCGAGUCGACAGGGUAGAGAUCUAGGUGUAUUGCCCUUUGCUGUUGGACAGCUGGCUUAUGCUGCAUCGUUGCUGGUGGUGUAUUCUGCCAAACUUGCUCUUGUAGCGAGAUCCGAGGGCUUCUCUUUACUUCCUCGUGGUAUACAAAGCAAAACCGAAAAGUUCUGGCUCUCUCUNUUUUCGCAACCUCUGCUCAAUCUCUCAUUGAGCUUGACAGUUCAGUCGAGUAUCAAGUAUGUGCUCACUCAAGGAGACUCUAUACUCAUCGCAUCUCUGGCCUCACUACAAGACCAAGGAGCAUAUGCCUUGUCCGCAAAUUAUGGUGGUCUCAUCGCCCGUAUGCUCUUCCAACCCAUCGAAGAAGCCUCUCGCAACCUCUUUGCCAAACUAUGCGCUCCCGCUUCCUCACCAGCGACUGCCAAGCAAACCGACGCAAAAGAAACUGGAGAUGGUGUCAAACAAGCCAACAACACCCUCACCCUCAUCCUUAAAGCCUACUCCCUGAUCUCACUUGUCGCCUUUGCUGCUGGUCCUACUGCAGCUCCCGUUCUUCUCUCUCUUGUAGCAGGAAGCCGCUGGUCUAAUACAGGUGCUGGUGAGGUUCUGGGCUGCUAUUGCUACUACAUCCCUCUUCUCGCUCUAAACGGUGUCUCGGAAGCCUUUGUCGCUGCCGUGGCGGAUAACAAGCAAUUGUACACCCAAUCAAUCUGGAUGGGUGGGUUCUUUGCCGCGUUCGCUGGCUCAGCAUAUCUCUUCCUCAGAGUGCUGGAGAUGGGCGCCAAAGGAUUGGUCUGGGCGAAUUGUGUCAAUAUGGCAUGUAGAAUUCUGUUCAACCUGUCGUUUGUCAAAGAGUUCUUUGCGAAGAAGGGGCAGGCUUUCGAUGUUAUGAAGAUCCUGCCUUCGGCUGUGAGCAUUGCUAUCGCUGCAGUAGUGCCUAGUAUCUUCAAGGCAACUGCUGGAUUGUUGUCAAGAUAUGGUAUCGUUGGCGAGCUUGGCAGAAUCGGUGCUAUCACUGGUGUCUUUGUUGUCGCAUUGGCAGUGUCAGAGCGCAAGUUCAUUGUUCACGUGUACAAGCAAGUCAGACCAUAA